AUUAAGGAAAAAAACUUCCUGCGAGAAGAAAGCUGUGCCAAAAUACAGUUUCGAUUAAAAGUGGUAUAACCCGGACAUCCAGUCCAUUAAAAACAAAAGUUAAAUAACUCAAGUCUCCUUCAACUAAAAGGGAUAUUCUCCUGUAACCACGGAUUUAAAAGUGGAGACCGUUUUUUCUUCUUCGUUAUCCUUGCAUUUCUUUAAAAAAGAAAUGGAAGAGAGCUCAAGUUCUCCCGUUUCCCCUGUGGAUAGCUUAGUGACCAGCGAGGAGGAGUUGGACAGACAACAGAAAAGAUUUGGAAGGAAAAGGAGAUACAGUAAAAAAUCUAGCGAGGACGGCAGCCCGGGUCCUGUCAAGAGGGGUAAGAAACCGAGUCCCACUACGCAGUCCUACGAAGAACUCCAGAACCAAAGGGUAUUAGCAAACGUCAGGGAGAGGCAAAGGACUCAGUCGCUCAAUGAAGCCUUUGCUUCCUUGAGGAAAAUUAUCCCCACGCUGCCGUCGGAUAAACUGAGUAAAAUACAGACACUGAAGCUUGCAGCCAGAUACAUCGAUUUUCUCUAUCAGGUCCUACAAAGCGACGAGAUGGACAAUAAGAUGUCCAGCUGCAGCUAUGUUGCGCACGAGCGUCUGAGCUAUGCUUUUUCAGUGUGGCGGAUGGAAGGAGCAUGGUCUAUGUCUGCGUCCCACUAGCACUGAAGACGUACAGUAGUGCCACAGGGACUGUUUACUUCUAUAAAAACUGAGGAGGCCAAAAGGAUUUAUUGAAGAACCUACAGUAUAAACCUCAGAAAGUUGAUGGAAAGACUCAACGGGACGACUGAAUUCUCGUGGAGCACUUAAACUGCGAUAUGACUGCGUUCGAAAAGAGCGACAAAAGAAAAGGAUACUCGACAACAGCCACAUUUCUUACUUUAUAUUAUUGUCAUCUCUUGUUCCGCCAGACGUAUUUCACCAUAUUAAGAAUUUAUUCUUUAAUACCGGUAUGAUGAUUCAGGAAUGCUUUGUUUUCUCUGCGUGUGCAGUAUAUUCCCUGUUGUUGUUCUGUUUAUAGAUAAAUAUAUAUAAAUGUUUUUUAAAUAAAUAUUGUACAUACUUGUAAUUAUCUUCAGCUUUCAUGAAAGGGACAAAUGCAAUUAAGACUCAUACAUUGUCGAAUCAUGUUGCAUGGAUUAUUCACCGAAGCUUGAGUUUCCCAAGCUUUAGCCUGCAUUCUGUUCAGUUCAGUGUACAUUUUGCUUAUUUAUUAAAACAAGUAUUUUUUAACGA